CAUUCUGUUGCAACGGUUGUUCGAAGUGUAGCGUCGCACGUUCGUUUGCUCCGAGUUUUCGAUAUCAUGUCGAUGAACAAGUUUCGCAUUGCACUGCUUCAGCACCUAGUGAAAUGCAACAAAGCGGAAAACCUCGAAAUAGCAAGUAUGAAAAUUAGAGAGGUGGCAUCCAAGGGUGCCCAGGUGGUCUGCCUCCCAGAAGACUUUAGCGUUCCCUACGACGCACGCUACACACCAGAGAGCGUCGAGCCGAUUCCAGGUGAAACCAGCGAGAUGUUGUCACGCAGUGCCAAAGAAAACCAGGUCUAUCUCGUCGGCGGCACAUUCUCAGAGAGUGAAAACGGCAAACUGUACAACACCUGCCUGGUUUACGGACCGGACGGUUCGAUGCUGGCCAAGCACCGCAAGUUACACCUCUACGACGUCGACAUCCCAGGCAAGAUCACCGUUCGUGAAUCCGAAUUCUAUUCAGCGGGAGACAAACUGACCACUUUCGACACUCCGUUUUGCAAAGUGGGCGUUGGGGUAUGUUACGACUUUCGGUUCGCACCUGUGGCACAGAUCUACGCGCAGCUUGGCUGCAAGUUGCUCGUCUGUCCAGCAUCUUUCAACAUGACGCUCGGUCCAAUAUACUGGGAGUUGAUUUCCAGGAGUAGAGCGCUUGACAACAAGGUCUACAUGACGACAGUGUCGCCCGCGAGGGAUGAAACGGCAUCGUUGGUCGUCUGGGGACACAGCAUGUUGGUCGAUCCAUCAGGCAGAGUGGUCAAGUCUGCCGGCGCUGGUGAAGAGAUCGUGCUUGCUGAGGUGGACUUGGAUCGUCUGGCCUUGAUGCGAGAUCAAGAUCCCAUCAUCAAGCACAUGAGGAGUGAUAUGUACAAGGUUGUGAGCUGCGAGGAGUGAGAACGUAUCUUGAUUGAUUCCUGAAAAGAAUCUGCGAUCCAGGGGGUCUGCUAGGCGAUGCCCGGCGGCAUCUAUUCUGCCCGGAUAUCUCUUGGAAACAAAGUUUAUUUCUUAUAUGUGAGGUGUGGGGCUCGUGGUAUUGUCUGUGUAUUCUUUGAAAUGGGUUUUAAUAUAUAUCUUUUUGUGU